AAACAUGGCGGACUCUUGACAGCUUGAGUUGAAAGACGAAAAUAGUUUGCGGCUAACUGGCUUCUAAUUUUACCAACCUAUUUUUAGACGCUUGUGGUUCGAUUUGAAUUAACAGACUUUUAAUUGGAUGCCUGAAUUACGAUCCAUUGGGGUCAGUUAGUUGAAACACAAUGUCGAGUGAGACAGAACCAGUGUGGGUGAGACAAGGUCCUGAUAAUACAGUCAACUCGAGAUCGUCCCCAACAUCACCAGUUGUAAAAUCAAAUGGCAGUCCUCAACAUUCUGGUUGUAAGUCACCUCCAAUUAAAGUUAGUGAAUCCCCAUUAUCAGCACGUCAGAUCCGUGCUGGUCCAUCCUCACCACAAGCAUCAGGAAAGCAUCCAUCAGAACGACGACCAUCAUCUGGAAGUUCGGUAUCAUCAUCAGGAUCCUCCCACAGUUCAGUCUCUCUGUCUCGGUCCAACUCUGGUUCCAACAGUCAACCAGGGACCCCAACAAGAAAAGUACUUCAUCAAAACCUGCCAAAUGUCUCAGUAAUCAGCACCAGUUCUCCGACUGGUCCCGUGUCAAAUAUUACAUCGAAUGUUAACCAAGUUCCCCUCUUGUCCAGACCCGAUAUGAUCCCAGACCCAAGAAGUCCUACAACUAAUUCUAGUCUACAACCAUUAUCGCCACCCGUGAUCAGUCAGACUCAAUCGCUCUCAUUAAAUUCACAAAACGUGGCUCCAACCAUCGCCACUUCAAACAGAAAUUACGAAAACUUUAAUCCGCCCAUGGUAUCAACACCACAACAUGUCAAUUCAGCCAUAGCCUCCAUCGGCCGAAGUAUUGCUCAUCCAGCUUUCCGUGGUAGUCUGGACGAGUCUGUCUAUUCAACCCCGCCAGAAGUAAUGAGUAAUGGACAAGAAGCUGGUUCAUCAAGACUACCAGAUUUGGUUUCUAAUGGUAGUUUUAUGUUUAAUGUGUCUGGACAUGAUGAAGAACAUGAUCAAGUUGGUCUUGAUUUAGGUGAAGCAACAAAGCGUCGUCCAUUUCGUCACUCCUACUCUGAUGGCGUACCUAACAGACGUAAAAGUGUCACAAUGGCUGAAGCAAAAACCCAGGCCUUUACACGAUUAGAACGUGAAUUAACUAAUGCUCAAAAGGAAUUGAAAUUAAAAGACGAAGAAUGUGAGAAAUUAUCUAAAGUUCGCUAUCAGAUGGAACAGGAAGUAGAAGAUUUAACUGCCAGUUUAUUUGAGGAAGCGAAUAAGAUGGUACAAGAUGCCAAUAUAAAACGUAUACAUACAGAAAAACUUCUAGAAGAAGCAAAUCAAAAAAUUGAAAUAUUACAAGCGGAGGUAGUAGCGUUAAAACAGUUGGUGCUAACAUCAACGCCCAACUCCCCAAAUAAACAUCUACACCCACAAAUAGACGUACAGAAGAAAGAGAAGAGUAUUAGUAUAAAACCAUUCUGGAAGACACAUCGACGAUCAACAAGUCAUCAUGAAUUUACUAAAGAAUCACGACAGAUUGCCGAGGCUCAACAAGAACAAGCUAAAAUCAAAUGUAAAGAGAUUGAUACAGUUUGUUUGGAAGAAUUCCAGAACUGGAGAUUGAAACCAGAAAUGAAUCACUCGACCCCAUUCUUCUGUCGUGUAUUUAAUGAGGAUAUUAAACCCUGUCUCAACUUCCAGAAUAGAAAAUUAGCUACAAGAUUACAGGAGUGUGUAGAGGGUAACUGUUUAACUAUAGAACCGAUUCCAGGAGAUAACUCAUAUCCGAGGAAAUGUUCUUUAACAGAAUCCAACAAAUUAUGUAAUUAUAAGAUAAGAUUAGAUGAUGAUCAAGAAUGGCAUUCAAUUUCUCAGUUAUGUAGAAAUAGGAUAGCAGCUGUUUGUGAUUUUUAUACCUAUAUAAGGUAUAUACAACAAGGUCUAGUGAAGAGUGAAGAUAAAGAUGCGUUUUAUGAGAUAGCCCGAUUACGACGUCAGAUUGGAUUAGCUAAACUAGGAUUUACGUAGUCUCCAUUGGUUACUUGAUGUAAACCCUAAUCAGCAGGCGGGUCACAUAAAGCAGCCUAUUACUGUUACUAUAGCUGUUGGCUACAAGUGGAAAUCGUAUAGCAACCUAUUACUGUUACUAUAACUGUUGUCUAGAAGUGGCAAUCUAUUGUAGUGGUUUUAUACAAGGGCCAAUCAUACAGCUAUCUAUUAUUGUAGCGGUUUUAUACAAGGGCCAAUCAUACAGUCAUAUAUUAUUUCCCUGUUGUCUACAAUCAGAUUAAAACAAAGAUCCUAUUUCGUUUCGUUUUUUAUAGUUCAAAAUUUCGUUUUACUUGUCUUUACAACACUAGGAUCUGGUAGAGUUGUUAUAUAAUGGUCUAUUGCAGCGAGUUUUUGGUGUGCGAUACAUGGAACUGUGUGUAAACCACUAGAAACGUCAACGCUGAUUGAUUGAUUAAUCAAUGUCUGAUGUCAUAGGGUCAAAAGCCACUCGUAUUGCCCCUGACACGACCUCCCAGUCCAACUGGCCAUCGAAAAUAUAAAAAUAUGAAACGGAAUAUAGAUCUGUAUUCUAAUCCGAUUGUGAUGUCUAUAAGUGGCAAUGAAAUAAUGAAUAACUGCGGAAUAUAUUGUGCCAAAACCUCAUUGUAAAUCUUUCUUAAAAUGGAUAAAAUAUUGGAGAGAGGUUGGAUUUUAAAUAUCAUAAAAUUAUUGCCGUCCACCGGUCAUUCACAAUUACUGCAUUAAUUUCUUUCAUGAGCACAAUAAUUUUGUGAUGGUAUCAAAAUAUUGCUAAAGAUUACCAUAAAUAGAAAUGGUCAUUAAAUGAAUAUCAGAAUUAAAGAUACAUUUUGCAAGAGCUAAAUCUGUCAAUCGCACGUCUUUCUUUAGGCCUGAAAUGUUAUCUAAAUUAUUAAUUAGACAUUAAUUAAUUUAUCCAGAUCAUAAUCAACUCUAGAUGACAUCGCUAGCCUGCUAUAUUUACUGGAUUAUGAUCCGAUUUGCUGCACAACUUCCAUUCAUAAUUUAAUCAUGAAAUGGAUGAUCGAGACUAUGUUUUUUAUCAAACAGAUGAUUGAGGCUAAGCCAAAAUUUCAAUCGCUUAAUUCUCGGUUCAUAGUAGAUCAAUUAGACUGAAAUUUUCAGCAAAUUGCCUUUACAUUAUCUAGUUUUUAACUAUUAUAGUGAGAACUGCCAGCUCUUUAUCUUAUCUCCCAGAGUUUAACAGAUCUGUCAAUAUCUAUCGAACAAAAUAGCAAUAAUUUUGGUGUCAUUUCAUCAAUCUUCACAACUAUAGGAAUAUGACUAAUAUUUAUUUUUUCCCUUAUAAAGGAAAUGAUGAAUAUGGCAUAAUUUGUUAUAAAAUAAAUAUGGUAUUAAAUAUCAUUGUUUAUUUUUUUUGAUUUGAGAUUUCAACCUCCUACUGUUUUGUUGUUUAGUACUUAAAAUAUUUGAAUAUUGAAGAUUGCAUCCUUAAUUAUCCGUAAAAUAUUGUUUACCGGUAAUAAUAUUAUACAGGAAUCGUUAAUUUGUAAACCCUAAACAUUUUUUUAAAGAAUGAAUGUUACUUAAUUAAUUACCACAUAGUAUGUUUAUACAAAAAUACAAAGGAUAUCUGAAAAUUCAAAAUAUAUUUUUCUCAUUAUUUUUUUAGAUUAAGAUUAAUAGAAAAACUUGUUACUUAAGCACAAAGUACAAUUUUAUGGAUACACAAUUACUGGGUUUAUGGAUGUGUAUCCAUAAAAUUGUACCUUGUGUUAAAGAUACAUUAUGUAAGAGCUACAUCUGCCUAUAAUCAACUAUCUAGGUUAUCAGAUGGCCACCUAUUUUAAGUAGAUUGGAACGCUUCAGUCAUACAAAGCCUCAACACCAAACAGUGAUAACUUCGCUCAGAUUAAAGUAAUUUGAAUGAAAUAUUCAAUAUAUUAAUUUUGCUUUAUCUAUUUUUGAACUAUUAUAGCAAGAAUGGUCAGCUCUUUAUCUAAAUCUUACAUAAUGUAUCUUUAAACUAGGAAGAGUUGAUAAUAAUUUGAUGAUUUGUGUCGCGGAGUAUCAUUAUUCUCAACUCUUCCUCACAUUCAGAAAUUACGACACCUGUUGUAACUAAAUAAGGAUAUAUAUAUCUUGAUUCUCAAGAGAUUGAUUAAUUAUCUCGCAUGUUUCAACAAAAACCAAAAAAAACCUGUACAUUAUGCAAAUAUUAAGGUUAUUUUUAAAUUAAAUGUGUUUUUUAU